GGCUCCAAUCUAGGGGAGCCUUGUGCUGCGCUGGUAGCAUGCUCUGUGAGCGUGUAAUGGUCUUAAUUAUCAUUUAGCAUGCCAGCCUCAUCAACGCUGUAUCGAGCCAGCGAUAAAAUAGCAAAGCUGAGGGUGACGGAGAGGGAGUGCAAUUCGAUCACAUGAAGAUCGUGGCGGUGACAGAGGUAGACACAGAGCAGCGGGGGAUAACUUUAGAACGAGCCGAACUUUGUCGGCAGCGUAGCUGGGGGUGCACGUGGGAAGACGCAGACCCAAACACACGCACACGCACGUGUUGGCAGGGCUGCUGACUGACAUCUCUCUCACCGAAUUAGUCACGAUGAGUGAUGUGUAACCAGCCGUGACUCGUUCUGGCUGGGGAGAUAGUCUAAUUCACUUUGUUUAAUUAGUCAAAAGUAGUUGAGCAUUGGCUGCUCCCUCUCCCCAAUCCCCUUUAUGUUGCUCAGCAUCUUCCCAUCUAUGGCGAAAACAAACCUGCAAUCACACCUGCUGGAGUUUCAGGAGGAUUGGGGGGAAGAGGGGGCAAACAAAAGGAGCUUUGGAUACCAACACAAGGAAUCCUUUGGACCACAUUUGAGAGGGAAAAGGCAUCUCAACAAUGUGGGGACUUCUGCUGAUGCAUGGCUGAAGUCUAUUGGUUCUGCAAACAGGAAGAAGAAGUUUAAAGUACAUCCUUAAAAGAAGUGUGAAACCACAGAUGGAUCCACUCUGUGAUGGAACUAAGAAAACCGAGUCCACUGACCUGGCUGCAAACUCUCGGCCCCCUCCGGCUAAGAUGGCUCGGCUGGAGCAACACAACGCGGGACCCUCGACCCCAGAAAGGACGAGACAAGGGAGUCCUUUGCCUAAUAGUCCCUGCCCGACCCAGAAACCUCCCACAGCAAGUUGGCACUCCAAAGGAGCCCUUCUGCCUGUGUUCUGUGUGGUGGAGCAUCAGGAAAGUUCUGUGGAAGAAGAGAGAAGAGACGAGCACGCUGAGUUCGUGUUGAUCAAACGGGAUCUGCUGUUUAAUCAGCUGACAGAAAUGGCCCUGCUGGCGCUGGGGUACUCCCACAGCUCUGUAGCUCAGGCUAAAGGUCUGAUCCAAGUCGGCAGGUGGAACCCAGUGCCUCUGUCCUCUGUGACUAAUACUCCUUAUGCGACAGUGGCUGAUAUGCUGCAUGAUGUUCACCAUGUUGUUACACUGAAAAUCCAGCUUAACAGUUGUCCCAAACUGGAAGACCUGCCACCAGAACAGUGGAGUAUCUCCAAUGUGAGAAAUGCUCUGAAGGAGCUUCUUAAGAACAUGAAUCAGAGUUCCUUGGCCAAAGAGUGUCCGCUCUCCCAGGGAAUGAUAUCAUCUGUUGUAAAUAGCACUUACUAUGCAAAUGUCUCGGCUGCCAAGUGUCAUGAGUUUGGUCGAUGGUACAAGCACUUCAAAAGGUCCAAAUGCCACCAAGACGUAGAGUGCUUUUCUGAGCAAUCCUCAGAUAUUACUCACAUCCAGCAGCCAAUCCCAAGCAGCCCCGUCGAUCAGAACUCCAACCUUUUUUUCCCUCACGGAUCAGUCGCCAACAUCUGUGGUCGGCCAUCGCUCGGUCUUCACCCUCCCGGGUUGGUCCCGCAACCUCUCAGCUCCCAAAUGGUGAACCAGCAGCUGAUGAUGACCCAGUUUCUCAGCCAGCAGUAUGCCGUUACCCGCAUGCUAGCCGGCCAGGGUCUCUCUUCUUCGCCACAGCAGUAUCUCAACCACCCCCCAGUGGGAAGGCCUCCUGCCAAGGGCUCUUCCAAACCCUCUGAUUCUCAAGCAUCACAGCAGGCACAGUGUGGUUCUGGAGGGUGUCCAGCGACAAUGCCGCAAAAUCAAACGGGGGCUGCAAUGUCUUCAGUAGCACCAACAGAUGUGCCGAGUGACAUCUACCAGAAUGUGCGAGAGGAGCUGAGAAGAGCGGGCAUCUCCCAAGCCAUCUUUGCCCGAGUGGCCUUUAACAGAACCCAGGGUUUACUCUCAGAGAUCUUGCGUAAGGAGGAGGAUCCAAAACAUGCCUCCCAGUCUCUGCUGGUCAACCUGCGGGCCAUGAACAGUUUCCUGCAGCUUCCUGAGGCUGAGAGAGAGCGCAUGUACCAGGAGGAGAAGGAGCGGAGCAUGACCGGUUUCCCACCCAGCUGCAACAACACGCCCCCAAGAUCCACACAGGCGAGACUGUCACCGGUUACAGCCGACAGAGGCCUCAGGACAGACAGUUGUGUUCUUAACAUCAGCGCCUCUAUCUAUGAGGAGAUCCAUCAUGAGAUGAAGAGAGCUAAAGUGUCCCAGGCUCUAUUUGCUAAAGUUUCCGUCUCCAAAAGUCAGGGCUGGCUGUGUGAGCUUCUGCGGUGGAAAGAGGAUCCCUGCCCAGAGAACCGAACAUUGUGGGAGAACCUGUGCAUGAUCCGUCGAUUCCUCAGCCUGUCCCAGAUUGAGCGAGAUGCUAUCUAUGAGCAGGAGAGCAGCAGCAUGACUUCCCAGCACUGUGCCGACAGGCUCACUCUGCUCCCCAAUGACAGCGCUCUGCACCAACGUAACUGCAUGAUGUCUCAGCAACAUCAUCUUCAACCCCUUCACCCACUGCAGCCUGAGCCAGGUCUUGAGCUGUCUCCACCCCAACCAUGCGCUGCAUCACCUGCCGAGUCUGAGGCCGGGGGCGCCUGGGGUCACUUCAGAGUAAAACUGCACAGCGGACCCAGCUGGGCUGACGAAAGGGAAGACAGUAAGGAAUGGGCCGAAGGGGAGAGAGAAAACGCUUAUAAUUCAGGUGUAGACUGGGGCGUUACUGGAAGAGUGGGGUGCACUGGUAGAGAUGGUGAUAUGCAGGAAAGGGAUGUGACCAUACACCUGGGAGGUCAAGAUGACGUUAGUCACACCGGCAAAAGUGAAAAUGCUAAGAACAACAUGUUCUUGACGAGGUCUGCUAUCAACAGUGAGAACAACGGCAGGGUUGGAGUUUGCUCUGGGACAGAUAAUAAGAUAAUUGUUAAAGAAGAGGUCCAAGGUGACAAGUUAACAGUGUCUAAUGACGCCCUGGGAAUCCUACAAAGCUUCAUCCAGGAUGUUGGCCUCUACCCGGACGAAGAGGCCAUCCACACCCUCUCUGCCCAGCUGGGUUUGCCCAAAGACACGAUCCGCAUCUUCUUCAGCAGCCAGGACUUGGAGCAAAGCCAAGACAACAGCCGGAGUCCAGCGCACAGUCACGACAACCGGCAAGUCUGUUCAAACCCAGACCUCCUCGUGGCAGACUUAACUACACGAGAACCGGACGUCACUGUGAAGGCAGAAAAGAAAGAGAUCGGGUUGGAGAGAAUUGGUAGAGACACAACAAGUGAGGUUUCGAUUUCACGGGAAUCAGAUGUUGCCACUCAAACACUUCCCCCAAUGAAGGAGGAGCAGGAGAGCUAUGUCUAAGACAUCUAAAACCUGGUUAGAACAAGCAAUAGCUUCUCUGUGAGCCCCUAACAGAUCUAAUCGUUAUUAGGUCCACGAGUUAAUAACUUGGCCGCCCUUGCAUCUUCUUUCAUUGCAGUUGACUGUGUUUUGAUACAAGAUAAUAGGCAUGUGCUGUUACACACAGUAGAAUAUUACUUGGACUGCAAAUGACGUAACUUCUGGAAACUGUACAUGUAUGUGGGUCUGGACAUUCUUUGUUGUUGCAACCACAUCUGGAUAAUAUUUUCUUGUCAGUGUUUAAACAACGAAAAUUCAGAGUUGAUCGCACAGAGGACAAAAAACCCCCAUACAGUAAACAUUUAUUGUUGACAUUUGAAGCACGUUAAAAAUGCUCUGCUGUAUUUAUACAUGGUUUUUUUUUCUGUUACAGUAUCCAGUGUUAUUGGUGCAGUAGUUGGAUAAAUCCUCACUAAAAGAUGUCAAAAACUAGCUGUGAUUUUUUUUUUCCUGUUCUUGCACUUUCUGGAAGUAUUUUAGGACUGUAUUGCAUUCUUAGAAACUCUGUGUUAAGUCAUGUUAAAAGGAAAGAACUGCCUCUUUUAAUUCUAAGGCUUUAUGCAUCAGUGUAAUUAAAAGUAUUCUGGUCCUCGGCUAUCAAGUGCCAAAAGUUUCACAGUACGACACGUGAAUAAGUUGUCAUAAGUAUUUAUUUGUGGAAUUACAUUAAAUAAAGAAACAAAUGCACAAAUAGUCAAAGAUAGCAUUUAGAGUUACUUUGAGGUGAUUGGUCUUUAGUUGAUUCGCGAUGCAAGUUGUCUCUAGUGCCACAGUGGCUGUUUAAAUAAUUUCAUGAGAGACAUUAGCGCAGGACAUAUGAAGUAAUCAAAUAAAUACUAAAAGAAAACAGGUUUGAUUUUUUUAUUUUUUUAUUAUUUAAAUAAGGUGAACCAAUUCAACAAACCUCAAGCUCUUAAUGUUUAAAAGGAUUUAAUUGUUGCUAGUUGUCGGGACCAAUAAUGCCUGUUUGAAAGUGGCACUGCCUUCCUCUGUCUGUCUUUACCUCUUCAUUGUUUACCAUCACAGUGAUUUGUAAUAUGUUUGAAAGUACUCUUGUGAUCUGGCUUUAAUUUGUCUAAUUUAUUAAAAUUUGAUUUUUGUUUUUCUCGUAA